CGGGGCUGCGGGGCGCAGGCGCGGUGUCCCGGCGGCGGCGGGGCGGACAUGGCGCUGUCGCUGGGCGAGGGCGGCGGCGGGAGCCGGCUGCGGCGGCAGCUGGAGUCGGGCGGCUUCGCGGCGGGGGAGUACGUGAAGCAGCUGUCGCAGCAGUCGGACGGGGACCGGGACCUGCAGGAGCACCGGCAGCGCAUCCAGGCGCUGAGCGAGGAGACGGCGCAGAGCCUGAAGCGGAACGUCUACCAAAACUACCGGCAGUUCAUCGAGACGGCGCGGGAGAUCAGCUACCUGGAGAGCGAGAUGUACCAGCUCAGCCACAUCCUCACCGAGCAGAAGGGCAUCAUGGAGGCCGUCACCCAGGCCCUGCUCCUCCAGGCCGACCGCGACGACCCCGCGCUGGGCGCCCGCCGCGCCGCCGCCGCCGACCCCUUCCUGCCGCUGUCGGCCAAGGAGGCGGCGGCCAGCGAGGAGGGCCGGCAGCGCACCCUCACCACCCUCCUGGAGAAGGUGGAGGGCUGCCGCGACCUGCUGCCCGAGAGCCCCGGCAAGUACCUGGUGUACAACGGCGACCUGGUGGAGUACGACGCGGACCACAUGGCGCAGAUCCAGCGGGUGCACGCCUUCCUCAUGAACGACUGCCUGCUCGUGGCCACCGCGCUGCCCAACCGCCGCGGCGCCUACCGCUACGACGCGCUGUACCCCCUGGACGGGCUGGCCGUGGUCAACGUCAAGGACAACCCGCCUAUGAAGGACAUGUUCAAGCUGCUCAUGUUCCCCGAGAGCCGCAUCUUCCAGGCCGAGAACGCCAAGAUCAAGAAGGAGUGGCUGGAGGUGCUGGAGGAGACCAAGCGCAACCGCGCCCUGAGCGAGAAGCGGCGCCUGGAGCAGGAGGCGCUGCCCCGGCCCGCCCCGACGCCCCCCGAAUCCACCAACCCCUUCGACGAGGAGGAGGACGAGGAGGAGGAGGACGAGCCCUCCGCUGAGGAGGAGGUUGUUGACCUCUCGCUUGAGUGGAUCCAGGAGCUGCCCGAGGACCUGGACGUGUGCAUUGCCCAGCGGGACUUCGAGGGGGCGGUGGACCUGCUGGAUAAGCUGAACGAGUACCUGGCGGACAAGCCCGUGAGCCAGCCCGUCAAGGAGCUGCGGGCCAAGGUGGACGAGCGCGUCCGGCAGCUGACGGACGUGCUGGUGUUCGAGCUGUCCCCGGACCGCUCUCUGCGCGGAGGCCCGCGGGCCACCCGCCGCGCCGUGUCGCAGCUCAUCCGCCUGGGCCAGUCCACCAAGGCCUGCGAGCUGUUCCUCAAGAACCGCGCGGCCGCCGUGCACACGGCCAUCCGCCAGCUGCGCAUCGAGGGCGCCACGCUGCUCUACAUCCACAAGCUGUGCCACGUCUUCUUCACCAGCCUGCUGGAGACCGCCCGCGAGUUCGAGACGGACUUCGCCGGCAACAACGGCUGCUACUCGGCCUUCGUGGUGUGGGCCCGCUCCUCCAUGAGGAUGUUUGUGGAUGCCUUCAGCAAGCAAGUAUUUGACAGCAAAGAGAGUUUGUCGACUGCGGCAGAGUGUGUCAAGGUGGCUAAAGAGCACUGCAAGCAGCUGAGCGAGAUUGGGCUGGAUCUCACCUUCAUCAUUCACGCCCUCCUGGUAAAGGAUAUCAAAGGUGCUUUACAGAGCUACAAGGAUAUCAUCAUCGAGGCCACCAAGCACCGCAACUCCGAGGAGAUGUGGAGAAGGAUGAACCUGAUGACUCCAGAGGCACUGGGGAAGCUCAGGGAGGAGAUGAGGAGCUGUGGGGUGGGCAAUUUUGACCAAUACACGGGUGAUGACUGCUGGGUGAACCUCAGUUACACUGUAGUAGCUUUCACUAAGCAGACUAUGGCCUUCUUGGAGGAAGCAUUAAAGCUUUACUUUCCAGAGCUGCAUAUGGUUCUUCUGGAGAGCCUGGUGGAAAUCAUCCUGGUGGCUGUCCAGCACGUCGAUUACAGUUUACGGUGUGAACAGGACCCUGAGAAAAAAGCAUUCAUCAGGCAAAACGCCUCUUUCCUGUAUGAAACUGUCCUUCCUGUUGUGGAAAAAAGGUUUGAGGAAGGAGUUGGAAAGCCAGCCAAGCAGCUACAGGAUCUGAGAAAUGCCUCGAGAUUGAUGCGUGUAAAUCCGGAAAGUACCACCUCCGUGGUGUGAAGUGGACCUAACUGUUCUGGGAACAUGGUGGCAGCACUUACUGAAGAUGUUGGACAUUGAACAGAUGAACUAAACAGGGGUUUUUUGAGUCCCUGAAAGAUGCAGAACUCUUAUCUGCUGCAUUCCAGAAGCUGGAGACUUUGAAUCAAUGCCUACAAGCAUGCAAUGCUUUACUUGGUGGAUGGGGUGUAGGGGAGUGAGAAGGUGGAGGUCACAUGUCCUUGGACAGCAUAUCCUCUACAAAGGACUUGUGUUGUAUUUGUGACGUGGGAAAUAACUGUAAUACACAAAUUUUGGCCAAUUAUUUGUGAAAGUCUUGCAUACAUACACAGCAGAUGGCAGGAAAAGAUCAAUUCUCAUCAUGUCACUGUAGCAAUUCUUUUUUGAGGCGGUGUUCUGGUAGGAGGGGAAGUGCUGAAGCAUUCCCAGGGUGUGGUAUUUAGUAAGGCACAUCCACCAUCCACAUGUGACUCAGCACUGCAGGUGAAUAACAUGGGUUUGAACAAUGUGGUUUUUGUGGUAGAAAUGCAGACUUUUCUUUAACAUUGAGAUUAUCAUCAUUCAUUUUGGAGGCAGGUUGAAAUAAAAUGUUUUUAGUAUAGGUUCUGGUGUUUGGGUGAAGGGGCUUCUUCUGUUUAAUAAGCUGGCCUGUCAGCCUAAGUUAUAGCUGUCUGAAAACAAGCCUGCUGUCAGAACCAUUUGUUCCCUUCAAGAGAAAAAAUAAAUUGCUUCCCUUCCUCGUCGUGUUCCUCUUCCAUGUUUUCUCAUGGAUCUAAUUGGGAUCAUGUUCAUUUAGUGAAGUGUACACUGUUGCUUGAGCUGCUGUCACAAAUGCGUUAUGGGCUGUUGUCUCAUGGUUGGCACCAUAGUGAAGGGGCAUAAAUGGUCUUGAGACAUGCAGGGCAGGGAGAGGGAUGGAAGGGACUGUUUCAUUUGGAAGAAAUUGAAUGCUAGUUUUGCUGUACAGAGGCAGCACCUGGUGAAGAGACUGUGAGGCUUUUUGUAAGAGAUGUGAACUUUGAAAUAUACACUAUCCCCUGCAACAACUAGUGUAAUUUCUGUAAUGCAGCAAUAAGCAAGAACAACUACCUUUUUUGCAGAAAUCACAAGGAUUUGGUUGGCAGUUUUAAUGUUGUUGGGGAAAGUUUAUACAAAUCCUCUUAUGUUUGGAUUGAGUGAUGUUGGCUGUCUCAUGCAGUAUGUGUCUGUGAAAAUAAAAUAAGCCAAGUCUUGUGUCAAGGCUGGCUUUGGAAAGCUGUCAGCUUCAACUUCUAAGCUGUGCAAACUUCUUCCACUUCUGUGCAAACUUUCUUAGUUGUGAGAAGACCAUGUUACAGCUAAGGAACCUUGUAUUAGUCCCUCAAAAAGUGUCCUUCACUGGAAUAACUAAAUCUCCUAUUCCUUUAAUGAUUCCAAAUUAAAGCUUUUGCAGUUCGUAUCAUGGUAAUUAAUGCCAUGGCUGUCUGAACAAACAAAAGGUAUCACUAGUAAAACCUUUUGCAUAACUAUUAUAUGGAAGCUUCUUAAUUUCUUCCUAUUUUUAUAGUGCUAGUUCAAUGCAGUUUUCACUUCAGUGGCUGGGUUUUGUUUUCUUGCUCUUUGGAUGCCUUUUGAAUUGUCAGAUUUUGCAAAACAUUCUCUUGUGUCUGCUCACUUGCUUUUAGUAUUUGGGCCUUUUGCUAGCAGCUCACAAAAAGAUUCAUACAAAUUGUUUUUAAAGGGCAACUUCUUGCUUCCAGCUUA